AGCGGGGAGUUGGUACCUAUAGACUAAAGGAGUAACCGUGAUUUUUUUUAGUAGCGUAUUUUGUGGAUUAGUGUUUGAUUCUUAGACUUAUUGUGAAUUUUAAUUAUGUGUAAAUAGUGUAAAUAAACAUGGAAACAAACUGCAGUGUGAUUGUUUUAGACGAUUUGAUUUAAAAAAUGGAGUUCUAGACCGCUACGGCGACGUUACAACUGGUGGCAGCGGUGGGGUCAUUUAAUUAGUGAUGUAAAUUCGUUGUGUUUCUGGUGACUUUUGGAUUAUUAAUUAUUUUAAUGAGUGAAAAAUGCCGUUUGUGAAUUUGUAUUCAAUUACGGAGGAUGGACGAUACGUGAUCCCUGGACGGAAACGAAAAGAGUGUCCAAAUUGUUUUGUUAUGUUCAUCAAGGAUGAAAAUGGUCAUUACAUUCGUAAAAGCAAUAGGAAUAUUUAUUUUUGUAAGUGUCCAUUUUGCGGGUGUAGAAUAAAAGUAUUUCGAGAGACGACUGUGAAUUAUUAUAAAAACUAGUUUACGCCAUGAGAUGAACUUUUCCCAAACUGGAUUUAUUUCUUUCCUUUGUGUUUGCAACUCAUACUGUGAUUUUGACUACAUUAUUCUGGAAUCAACCAGGAAGACGGCAAUUUGAAAUGGACACCGUGAAAAUCCCGAGACACCCAGGGCGCCAUGAACUUCCGCAGUGCGCCGGAAUUUAUUAUCGGAGUUUGAAAAUACAGAUUCGCCAAUAUGUGUCGCUCCGGAGGUCGAUUUCGAUGUGACAACGCCAGUUCGACCUGAAACAGAAUUAAGCGUUGAUGAAAUCGAGCAUAGCCGGGGAUGGAAAGCAUUUGUCACAAUUUUGGAUUUUGCUUGUGGUGAUAUGUGCAUCAGUGAUUUCUGGAUUUUAUCAUUUCCUUCCAACAUAUCUAUAAAUACCAUUUACACGAGAAUUCCACAGUUUCUGAUUGUGCUAACAAUGUCGUGCAUUGUAUUGAUGAGCAUUAUUUGGAAAGUCUACUCUAAUAGAUAUGGUAGAGAUCUAGUGGCUGAUGAAGCCAGACAACCUGUGACUAGCACGGUAAGACAACGGGCUCGUUCAACUGCAGAUUCAACGUAUUUAUCUCCAGGACUACCUGCCGGAAAUUCUCUUGUUAAUAUACCUCUGAAACGCACAUUUAAAGGAGAUGGAACGGCAAUAUGGCUCUUUAAAUGGGGUCUCAUCGUUCAAUUUAAUGCAAAGUUUACCCAAAAUCGCGCGCUGUGCAGGCUUGCUGGGGUCGGCAAAUGUUUCCUUAUGAUUUAUUAGAAAACUUAAAUUCGCUUGCUUGAUCUAGGGACAGGUUUUCACAACCUUCUCGCUGUUUUUUCAACGACAAAUGUUCUGUUCAUAUGUGCCGUAUAAAAGAUAAAAUAACACCUGAUCGUAAUUGUUGCUAGUGUAUGAUAUUUCUUGCCUACAUAUCAUUCGCAAAUAAACAAUACAAAUAGAUACAAGUAAACGCGGUCUUUCCGGAAUUUCCUUCCGCCAUCUUGUGAUAAUAGCGAGCGCAGCGAGCCAGCGCGGAGCGCUGGCUCGUACUGCGAGCUCUAAUGACUAGAGCGCGGGAAAUAAUCCGAGCUAAAUUUCAACCUCUAACAAGAAUUUUUUUUUUUGACUCCAAUCCCAGAAGUCCCUCGUACAAAAUGGCGGAUGGUUCGAUUCGUAAAAUAAUAAUAAUAAAAAAAAUCUUUGAAGUAUUACAAACCUUUCUUAUUUGAAAGGAAAGGAUGACAAUCAUAUUCUUCCCCCUUUCUUUUUCUUUUUAAAAUAUUGUCUAAAGAAAUGUAAACAGUCACGUCACAAUUACCAGGCUACGUCACAACACGCUCGUUGCAUUUCCCGCUAAACUGGUUCCUACAUUGGAGAGAAGAGCAAGACAGUAAUCCUACGUAUUGACAGUGAACCAGAUCAGUUUUCCUUGUUUUCAAUAUAAAUUUUUUGAAAAUGUAUUCAGAUAUGCUGCGCUCGCCCCAACGGUCACACCGUAAUCAUAUUAGUAACGAUCGUUACUAUCAUCAUUUUAAUACCAGUGACAACUAAAUGUAUAACAUUGCGUUACGCCUGUUCAUGAUAGUGUACUAAUAUCUACAAUACGGAUUGCCUCUCUACACACAGGAAGGGAAAAGUGUUUGACAUGAUUUUAACAUGGAAUUUCCUGUAUACCAUCAUAUAAUCUACCAUUGAUUUUCCUGGUCUACCUCUGAUGACAGCGCACCUUGAAAUUCCAAAAGACGCUUGAAACAUCCACUGAAGUAUCACGAUGUCAGGUUUCCCAUUUGACAGUUCUUGGUUGAUGGUUUUACUUGCUACAUGUUAUAUUCCUAAUGGAGUAAACUCAGCAGUUUUGGUGAAAAGAUGGACAAAGUGUCAAACAUCAUUUGAAACGGUGAAUAGGAUUCCCUCUUGUCCAACCACUGACGAAUCAUAUGCAUUGAGAGCUCGAGUGAUGAAGUGUGAAUCAUAUGGAACCUGUGAUGGGGAACCAUGCGUCUACCACUGUGCUAUAAAUCCAUGGGGAAAUGCAACUGUGGAAGUGUGCGCACCUGAAACUCUUAUAACAGACCACUAUUGUCCUCAUUUUAGCACAGGAGUUGGAAGAAUAUUAGAACACUAUAGUUACCGAUGUGAAGAGUGUCCUUUCAAUUAUCCAUCAACAACAUCUUACAAAUACAAGUCAUGUUACGACUUGAUAAAAGCACCAGAUCAUAAGGAUUCAACUACCGUCAUGUCUCCCAUACAGAAACAACCAACAGAGAACAUAUUCUUACAGGGAGAAUCUGGAUUUACCCUCCCAAAUGAUUCAAGAUUUGGAUUUGAAGCACCCACCAUGAUAGGAAUAGUUCUCGGAAUUCUUGCGUUAAUAAUUUUCAUUUCUGUUGUUGUCACUUUGUUAUACAGAAGGGGAAAGCAUUCAGAUUUUGCGAGUUGUCUACAAGAAAAAAAUACAAAAAAUGAUACAAUGGAUAACAACAAAGCAGAAAUUGAAGAUUUCUUACAGAACCGAGAAAAAUUGUGAGAACUUUAAAUUAUCAGAGGUGUCAUGCUAAUCUAUCUCUUAUUUCAAUUAAUUGAAUCUUGAUAUAUACAUUUUUAAUAUCGCUAACAAGGUAUUUAUGAGUGUGGUAUCUGACAUGUAGGAAAAGGGGGCAAGCUUUACUUGUCAAGGAUUUUCUUAAUAAGUAAGUAUAUCCCAUUUAAUGCCCAUGGGUACAUUUUCAGAAUUUGUGAUGUUCAAAGUGUAUUGAACUUUUGAAUUACUGUAGUUUCAUAUUUAGAAUAAUUCCAUUUAUAGAAGUACCAUCCAGGACACAUCAUAUUUCACAAAAACAUCCUUGUUUCUAAUUUUGAUCAAACACUUGAUGUAUUUGAUAAAUUUUACAUGCACAUGUUGGAUUGUGGUAUCUAUUUUAAAUGUGUCUAUUGUAGAGAAAAAAAGUUUACCAUACUGUAUAUAUAAUGUACAUACAUGUAUUUCAAUAUGUGUAUAUCCUGUGUAAUACAUUUUUGGACAAUGUAGAGAAGUUGGCAAACUUGGAUCAAUUGCCCUAUUUAAGGUGGCUGACACCACACCCUGAAAUAGUUUCUUAAAUCCAUACGAAAUAUUUAUCCAUGAAAGAUAUGAUUAUAUGUAAUAAGUCAAAAAGGCAGAAAAUAUGCAAAUUUUGAAACAUGAUUUUAAAAAAUUUAUUUCCAGUCAUAUGAACAAAAGACUGGCAGAUUUGAACUCGAGAUCUGCGGUUUACCAGUCCAAUGCUUUAGCCACUGAGCUACAUAUGUACGAUUAUAUCUCUAUCGAUACAUAAUUUCACAAAACAUUUUAAGUCCCCAUCUUGUGACGUGUCCUAAAGAGUAUAAGUGUAGUGAGCUACUUUAAAUCAACAUUCUGCAGAGAAAAAUAUUUGAUACUGUUGUUUUGAAAUAUUUUAGAACCCGCUCAUUGUAUAGCUGUUGAAACUGAUGGGUACAAGCAAACUUCUAUUAAUGAAAUAAAAUGUAAUAUCUGCAACUCAGCUUGUUUAGUAAAUGAACUCCUGUUUUAGCUCACCUGAGUCGAAGGCUCAAGAGAGCUUUUCUGAUCAAAUUUUCAUUUUCCUCUCCAGAACUGUUGGGUCAAUUUCAACUAAACUUGGCACAAAGCAUCCUUGGGUGAAGGGCUUUCAACUUUGUUCAAAUGAAAAAUCAUGCCCCCUUUAAAGGGGAGACAAUCACCAAAAAAUGCAAAAUUAGGGUAGGGUCAUAGAAGCACUGGACCAAAGGAGCUGACAUUUACAUGAACGCUUCCUAACAUAGUGCAGAUUCAAGUUUGUUCAAAUCAUGGCCCCUGGGGGUAGGAUGGGACCACAAUAGGGGGUCAAAUUUUACAUAGAAAUAUAUAGGGGAAAUCUUUAAAAAUCUUCUCAAGAACCACAGAGCCAGAAGAGCUAAGAUUUAAUUUACAUGAAAGCUUCUUGACAUAGUGCAGAUUCAAGUUUAUUCAAAUCAUGACAUCCGGGGGGUAGGUUGGGGCCACAAUAGGGGGUCAAAGUUUUACAUACAAAUAAAUUGGGGAAAAUCUUAAGAACCAUUAGGCUGAAGAAGUUGACAUUUACAUGAGAACUUUCUUACAUAAUGUAGUUUCAAGUUUGUGAAAAUCAUGACCUCCAGAUUUAAGUUGGGGCCACAAUAGGGACUAAGGUUUUACAUGCAAAUAUAUAGAUCGAAAGUCUUCAGAUAUGGGCCAAGGUGACUCAAGUGAGCGAUCUGGCCCAUGGACCUCUUGUUAUAUUUGUUUGUAUUGCAAUAUGACUAAACUUGAAAACCAAUCGGAGUCCAUGAAAUCUGUUUUAAAGUUUAUAUAAUAGGAACAAAUUUAUAUGGCUUUAUAUGAGUAUAAUGAAAAUGACAUAUCAAGUUUAGCAGGUUAUAUUCAUAACUACUUUCAAGUGAAAAAUGUUUUGACAUUAGAAAAAUAGUAUAUUAUUGAUUUACAUGUAUUUUUGGUUGUGUGCUAUGUCUUUAUUUCAAUUUAUAUUUGCUCAUUAUUUGACAGUCAUCUGGGAAUUUCACUAUUACAUGUGUUAAUUUUGUAUGCUUUCUUGAUCCAAGGUUUGCAGUAGGUACAGUAUAUUGCUUACAUAUUGUACAGACAUUUAUACAUAACAGCAGUGCAAUGCAGUUGUCUAAUUUUCAUAUGUUGAAUAAAGAAUUCUUGAAAAUGAA